AUGCAGAUCUUGCCUGUUGUCGACCGCGUCAGUGACCAGAGUGACCACAGUCGUCAGCAUGGCAACCAGCGUCACCUUCGCCACGGUGAUGACCACUGGCAUGGCGAGGUGGCGUCCUUUCUGCCGCAGAUGUCGCCUGAUGCUCUUCAGCUAUGGAGCUACCUUGACGUCCAGCUGGAAACCACAGGCGCCAACGGCUGUGUUCGAUGCGGAUGUGUGACUGCAGGUCCGGUCGUCUUUACCUUGCCGGCUCCAUGA